AUGUAUCAGAUCACACCUGAGGCUGGGGUACUCACCUUCCCGCCUGCGUGUGUGGGCUCCCGUUACAGCGUCAUCCGAGCCUUCGGCUUUUCCCGCUCCUUCCCUGUCCCCGCUGCCACAAUUGAAGGGGUAGCCUUCCUCUCCAAGUGGCUGCUCAGCCCCAUGGGUCGUCGGCAGAACCCCGGCUCGCUCUGGCAGUGCCCCGCCCUCCCACCGGACAUGAAUUACUGCUCGUACUCCGCCUCCUCCCCCGAGUCCAUCCAGGAGGCCAACGUGUGGAUAGCCCUCCUCAGCUCACGCUGCCAUCCCCAUGCUAUGAAGUUUGUCUGCACCGUAUACAAUCCCGUCUGCCUCCACUCCCACCAAGUCAUGCCCAUCCUGCCCUGCCGUGAGUUCUGCAUUGAGGUACGCUCGGCCUGCGUGUCGAGGAUGUAUCUCUUUGGAUUUAAAUGGCCUCAACAAGUGGACUGCGAUCGUUUCCCUAGUGAGGAGGCCAGCAUGUGCAUAAGCUCCAAAAGGGAAUCUGGUGAGUGA